UGCCGCGGCAUCUCUCUAGCGUGCGCGGCGUCGGUCCUCCCUCUCGCGGGGGCAGCUGUCCAGACCCGCGGACUGACAGCAGUAGGCCGCCGGGGGGCGGGGGAUGCCGGGCUGCCGCAUCAGCGCCUGCGGCCCGGGGGCCCAGGAAGGGACCGCGGAACCGGGGUCCCCGCCGCCGCCGCCCCGGGAGCUCCUGUCGUCCCCUCAGCCCCCGCCCCCAACUCCGACCUUGACUCCGACCCAAGCUCAGGUCUCGCUGCCCGCCGACGCGGCUCCGGCGUGGGCGGGCUCGGCGGAGGGGCUGGAGCUGCAGCGCUGGCGCCAGGGCGCUAACGGGGCCGCGGGGGGCACCGGGCCGGCNCUCGCCUCGGCGUUAGGCCUGGGUGGCUGCGUGCCCUGGGGCGCCGGGCGCCUGCGGCGGGGCCACAGCCCGGAGCCCGACUCGCCCUUCCGCCGAAGCCCGCCCCGCGGCCCCGCCUCCCCCCAGCGCUGACCUCAGCCCCGGGACCCCUGGCCUCACCCGACGGGCCAUCGCCGAGGUUGCCGACCGACGGAUUGGGACGUCGGCUGGAUGGACGGCGUCACCAACGCGGAUGGACGGACUGACGGACCCCAGGAAGAGACAGUCGGGGUGCCGGGGGCCCAGUAAAGGAGGCUGAGCUCCUCCCAGUUCCUCAGAGCCUCCACUCUUCGGAUCUGGAUUCCUGGAUUCUGCUUCUGACCUGGGCAUCUCCUUCAGGAAGACGUCCCACAACCUUACACAACCGAAUCGAUCCCAUACAAUCUUGGCACUGUCCUCCCUUCACAAGGGCCUUGCACUCAACGGUGGCAAGGUGCUCAGUUCUGGGGAAGGUGCCUAUACUCUGAGUUUCCUUAUCUAAGCCACGUUUGAUUUUGGCUGACACCGUGUGAUUGGAAAUGUUACGACAGGUCCUCUGAGAUGCAAUCAGAUUAUUUAAGAAAGCAGCAAACAUUCCCAAUGUGAAAAAGAAAAGGAUUUCUUUUAAAAUACAGUCGUCAUUCUUAAGUCACAGUGCAGCUGGGGUCCCCAUUUUGGUCUAUGUCAUGGCUUCCCACUCUGACAACACUGGGAGGCUGUUUGAGGGGAAAUGUUGGUCUGAGAAAGCCCUGUUUCCCUCCCCCACUCUCCUUGCCCUCCCUGACUAGGGGUGUGCCUGUGGCCCCUCAGGAAGACCAUCAGCUGCUGGCUCUGGGGGGAGGGGCACCUCUUUCUCAGGGAGACAUGGUGGCAACAUAAAAAUUUGGAGUAAAGUUUUAAAUGACAAAAGGGAGCAUAUUUAUUCACAUCUACUGAUAAUAAAGGGGGGGCACAUUUAGUCACCAUCAACCCAGAACUUGUAUUCUGCAAAAUGAAUGUCUAUUGAAUCAAUCCCCUGAUUUAUACAUUCAGGAAGAAUAAAUUUCAAUAAUGUGAGACAAA